GAAACAUUGAACAAAUCCACUAGUUCCCGAAGCUUGAAGUCCCUUGAAACAGACAGCAGUGAAACAGAGCUGGAACGAGUUCUGCGACGCCGGAAAGUGACCACUGACCAGGACAGCAGCAGUCCCACUGGAAUCUUGGCCACAUCAGAAUCGAAAUCUCUGCCUGUGCUAGGUUUGGGAGCCAGUGCCGCACAAACAGCAUUGAACAAGAAAGACCUGGAGACAGAAUUCAGUUCCAAAGUACCCGACUCAGAUCCUGUCUCUAACCAGCUUAAGGGUGUCACGGGCUCCAAGCCUACAUUACAAUCAACUAGUCAUACAGAAUUGACAAGAAAAGCUUCUAGCAGUGAAAAAGAGACAGAAUCCGUUGUAGUUUUAGAUCCUGUUUCCACCAGUGGGGAUCAGACGUCUGAGAACGCGCUGAAUCAGAAUGAAGCGAAAGCAGAAAAAAGGCAGCCGCUGCAUAAAGAAACUAAUGUUGAGAAAAUAAAAGAAAGAGACAGUUCUAACUGUUAAUUGUUAUUCUGAAAGGCUGUAACUUUUGGGAACCAUUAUCUGGACAUGUAAAUUGCAUAGGUGUGUUACUAGGGGCUACGGUCAGUACUCCAAACAGUUUUCAAAAACAUGGUCUUUUGUAUGCAGUUUUGUUACAUGUAUUAAAGUGUUAAAUAUAACUAUGUAUCACUCAAAAUCCCUUUCCCAUUUUAAUUUUGCAGGUAUGAUUAUUAUUUUCUUAGACGUUGUCAGUUACCUUUACUUUAAAACUGUAUUUGAAAAGGCUUUUUAAAUUAUUCCUCUGU